UGCACGUUUGCAAUGGCCUCAUUUGCCCAGCUCUCCGCAAUGUGAUGCCGCACUUAUGGGAAGUGGUGGGCGGGGCCGACAAGGGCGGCAUCGUGGUGCGCGAAGGCCGAGAGCUGUCCUCAGCAGCACGCGAGCGGCUGGCAACAGGCUCAGCCAUCGAAGAGAUUCAGCUGAUUGACAGCCGCUUGCACUUCCGCCGCCUGGCUGGCGCUGGGCCGGACGAAGGAUGGGUCACCACGGUGCUGUCCGGGAAAGUGCUGGUGCGGCGGGCGGAAGAAGCCUUCGCAGGCACCUGGGAGGACGACGAAGGUACUGAGGUCAUCAUUGAAGGCUCCACGAUGCGUGGCCUUGGGACUUCUGUGCCCUUUGAGGUGUCGGGCGUGCGCAUGUGCUGCUUUAGGAUGGACGGGGACACCUUCAAUGGGCGUCUCCUGAGCGAUGGCCGCAUCCUUUGGAGCGAUGGUGCCAUGUGGCAGCGCAAAGUUCAGCCAGGAGCCUUGGUCAUCAGUGAGGGGGAAGCUGCGCCAAAGAAGCGCAUCCCGCAAGAUGCCGUGGUUGCUGCGAAGGGCAAGGCGCGGCCCAAAGAGGGCCUACCCCCACGGGGCGCAGAUGGGCGAAGGCCGCUGCCGGGACGGACGCUCUCAGCAACUGAGAUCAUCGAGUGGAUCGCCGAUGCGGUUGAUGUGUUUGAGACCCUUCUGCUGCCACUGGAACCCAUCAGCGAGGCUCAUGCCAGGCAGCAGUACAAGCAGCUGCUGCUGCUGGUGCACCCAGACAAAAACCGCAACCCGGGAGCCACAGACGCCUUCCGCAAGCUGUUCGACGCCCUGGCGGUGAUUGUUGAUCCUGCGUUGCAGAACCGGGCCCUCAGGGCAAAGGGCGGCACCUCGAAACCCGGCGGCGAUGGCCCGGGCUUCGGCUUCCCAGGCUUCGCUGGCUUCGGCUUCGGCUUCUUCGAUGAAUAUGGCGGAGUUGGAGGCUUGGUUGCAGCUGUCUUCUCGCAAGAGAAUGUGGACGAGUCGGAAAGGGUUCUUCACGAGCAGUGCGAGCUGCUGGAAAGCAUGGGAAGAUACGACGGCAGCACAAAAACCUGGAUUGACCCGCAGCAGGCGAAGGAACUAUGGGACUCAGACCAGGUAACGUUCGUGGAUGUCCGUGAUGCAGACGAGUAUCAGACAAGUCGCAUCGAGGGCGCGCUGAAUCUCAACUGGGCUUUGGCGAGCAUGGCCUCAAGACUUGAGGAGUUCAAAGUCAUCGCAGCUGCGCCGGAAAAGCUUGUGGUGGUCUACAGUGACAACGGCUCUCAGUUAAGCCGUUGUGGCCAGGUGGCGGAGUCCUUGACUUACUCUCUGCGGCAACAUCGGGUACGCCGCCUGAGGCGUGGACUCAACGCAUGGAAGCGUCAAGGCUUUCCAGUACAUGGUAGCCGACAGACCUACUUUGCGCGGCAGCAGCUAGGUGGGAGAUGACUUCUUUUCGGAUGUUUGUGCGGCAAACUUAUGUGGUUUGUUGGCAGUCAGCCCACCAGCCAGCCAGCCAGCCAGCCAG